GCCAGGGCCGGGAUCUUGUUCUCUAGAGCUGGAUCGCAAUCGAUUACAGCCAAAUCUCGCACAAAGCGACUGAAUUACCAUUUCGCUUUGAUUUCAUCGUUCACUCAUGUAUAUGUAUGUAUCUCUCCAGAUUUAUUCUUCGCCUGCUCCAAGCCGCUCCAGCAUCUCCCGGGUCUCUCUCGCGAUGUGGGAUGCCGUGGUGCGUGCGCCGUUGCUCCUGCCGUUACUCCUGAUGUUCAGCGGCCAGAGCGAGCCCAGCCCGAGGCACGCCGAGACCCUCCCACCGACCGUGCAGAAGCUCAUGAAGGGCUACAACCGCUACCUGAGGCCCUCGUUCGAAGAGGGAUCCGUGGUGGUCGGCAUGAGUCUGGACAUCGCCAGCAUCGACAGCAUCUCGGAAAUCAACAUGGACUACACGGCCACCAUCUUCCUGCGCCAGCGCUGGGUAGACGAGCGGCUCUGCUUCGACGCCAACAAGAGCCUGAGCCUGGACGGGCGGCUCGUGGAGCUGCUCUGGGUGCCCGACACGUUCAUCGUGGACUCGAAGCGCUCCUUCCUGCACGCCGUGACCGUGGAGAACCGCCUCAUCCGCAUCUUCCCCAACGGCACCGUGCUGUACGCGCUCAGAAUAACCGCGACGGUGGCGUGCAACAUGGACCUCACCAAGUACCCGAUGGACAAGCAGUCGUGCACCCUGCAGCUGGAGAGCUGGGGCUACAACACGGACGACAUGGUCUUCUACUGGACGCGGGGAAACGACUCCGUGCGGGGUCUGGAGAACCUCCGCCUGGCCCAGUACACGGUGGAGGAGCAGUUCACAUCCGUGUCGGAGGCCGUGUACGAGACAGGGCGCUACCCGAAGCUCGUCUUCCACUUCGUGCUGCGGAGGAACAUCCUCUACUUCAUCCUGGAGACCUACGUGCCCUCCAUCCUCCUCGUCGUCCUCUCCUGGGUCUCCUUCUGGAUCAGCCAGUCCUCCGUGCCAGCUCGCAUCUGCAUCGGCGUCACUACAGUGCUCACCAUGACCACGCUGAUGAUGGGUGCCCGCGCGUCGCUGCCCAACGCCAACUGCUUCAUCAAGGCCAUCGACGUCUACCUGGGCAUCUGCUUCAGCUUCAUCUUCGGAGCGCUGCUCGAGUACGCGGUGGCUCACUUCUGCACGCUGCACCACCACGACGCGGCGACGCCGGACGACCUCUCCCACGACGACGGCCGCGACAGGAACGGCAGCGUCUCCUCCGUCUCGCGCGCGGACGCCGACGCAGAGCGACCAGCACGCCGUUCCGCCUCCUCCAGAUCCGCGUCCGCCCGGGACGCGCCCCCACUGCCGACGGACGGGAGCCGACCGCCCCCCGGGGUGGUCUCGGUGCCCCCGCAGGCUGCGUGGCCCACGACCCGCGCUGCAAGUCGCCGAGCCGGCGGUUUCUGCACCGUCCGGAACCCUCACCACAUCGACAACUACUCCAGGAAGGCCUUCCCCCUCCUGUUUGUACUCGUGAACCUCCUCUACUGGUGCUACUACUUGUUCCUCUGAUUUCUCGUCUUCCUCGUGGAGGGAAGGGGCCUUCCCUCCGGCGUGGCCGAAUUUCGCACACGGGGCCAGUCGCGAGCGGCCGGCCCGCACCACCGCCCGGGGACGCGGGACGCUUUAUUUCGGAGAGCAGAAAGAGGUCGCGGGCGGUGUGAGCAUCAGAAGCGAAUACAAAAUACGGUGAAAAGCACAUUCAUUCACAGACACACACACAUCGCGGUGGUUAGGGAGGGAGGGGAGCGAGCAGCUUCGGGGUAGAACAUUCUAACCUAGCGUUAGCCCUACUACGCCUGACUCUCAGUAACUCGC